GGCCCUCAUACACUUACACAGAUAAUUCAUCGCCACCUCUUUCUCCCUCGGCAUCGAGUUUCUUCCUAGUCUACAGCAAGUGCAGCGAUGAAUAUCAACGAUCCCAAGCCGGACAGGGGCUACAUCCCUCUCGGCGACCACGGCCUCAUCGGGAACUUGAGGACUGCGGCUCUUGUCAGCAUAGACGGAUCCAUCGAAAGCUACUGUAUCCCCAACUUUGACUCUCCCUCUAUAUUCGCUCGUAUUCUGGACAAGGACAAGGGCGGCCAUUUCUCGAUAAGCCCGACCGUUCCCUUUACGACGAAGCAGAACUAUUUACCUAGCUCCAACGUCCUGCAAACAAAGUUCCUGAACGACCAGGGAGUCGCUACCAUUACGGAUUUCCUGCCUCGCCAGCCAAAGAGUUCAACUGCCCGACCCCUACUUGCUUGGCUGAUCCGCCGCGUAGAGGUCAUCCGCGGGUCUUUUCCCCUCCGCGUCGAAUGCGCCCCAGCAUUCGACUAUGCCCGUGCCCCGCACACCACCAAAAUCAUCCCAGAUACCUCCGUACCAAGCACGUUCAUCAAACCCAAGAUCGCUCACCACAAAGUGCUCUUCACCUCGCCCAAGGCGGGCCUCUCGCUCGACCUGCGCUACAUCGCCGAGGCAACGCUUGAGACGGUGUCCGUGCCCGCGGUCGACCUGCAGAUCCUCGACCUUACGGGCAAGGGCCAUUUGGGCUUGAGCGCAUGCUGCGAUUUCACGCUGAGCGAGGGACAGGCGGUGACGUUUGUAUUGAGGAUUCCGCCAGAGAAAGAGGCUCGCGAUAUGUCGAAGCUAACUCCUGAGAAAGCGCAGGAGAUGUGUGUCCCAUAUGAACAGCUCCUCUUGGGAGCAUCUGAUCUGCGACCACCCGAGGACCCGUUCCUGACAAAGGAACUGCUGCGCGAGCUUCUAGAGGGUACAACGCAGUAUUGGAACGGAUGGAUCCGCCGUUCGACGUACGACGGCUCCUGGAAGGAAGCAGUGAAUCGCAGUGCCCUCGCGCUAAAGCUACUGAUAUACGAGCCCACCGGUGCCGUUGUCGCUAGCCCUACGUUUAGCUUGCCAGAGUACAUCGGCGGCACGAGGAACUGGGAUUACCGUGCUUCCUGGAUCCGUGACUCAUCUUUCAUCUUGUACGCCCUCAUCCGCUUGGGCUUCACUCACGAGGCGAACGCGUACAUGGAGUUCAUUCUCGAGCGCCUGCGGACGAGGAAUCCGGACGGUUCGCUCAACAUCAUGUAUACUAUCCACGGCGAGAAGCUCUUUCCUGAAGAGGUGCUUUCCCACUUGGAAGGACAUAAAGGCUCGAGACCCGUCCGCAUAGGAAACGGUGCCAUUGAUCACGUUCAGCUGGAUAUCUACGGCGAGUUAAUGGAUUGUAUAUACCUUUCGCAGAAGUACGGAAAGCCAUUGUCCUACGAUACUUGGGUCGCCGUGCGCGAAAUCGUGGAGUUCGUGAUCGACCACCUCAACGAGCCGGACCUAUCUAUUUGGGAAGUGCGGGACCGGCAUCGGAACUUUACGUAUUCCAAAGUCAUGUUAUGGGUCGCGAUCGACAGAGGUCUCCGUCUCGCUGACAAGCGCUCGCUGCCAUGCCCGAGGCGCAACGAAUGGAUAGCAGCAAGGGACGCACUGUACGAGGAGAUCAUGGCGAAGGCAUGGAACCCGAAGAUGCGGUUCUUCGCGCAGAGCUACGAGGAUCUAGACGUGCUCGAUUCAUCGCUCUUAAUCAUGCCUCUCGUCUUCUUCAUGACGCCGUCCGACCCUCGCUUUCUGAGCACGUUGCGGCAGAUCUCUAACACACCCGAGCGGGGCGGCUUGACCUCUAACGGCCUUGUCUAUCGUUACGACGUGAAGAAGGCAGAGGAUGGUGUAGGCGGCGAGGAGGGAACAUUCUGUCUGUGUACGCUUUGGUGUGUGGAGGCGCUGGCGCGCGCGGGCGAAUACGAUGUGACGAUGCUGAGGAAGGCAGUCGGGAUGUUCGAGGAUUUCUUGCAAUAUACGAAUCACGUCGGCUUGUGCACGGAGGAGAUAUCAGCAGCGGGCGAGGCGCUUGGGAACGCUGUGCAAGGAUUUACCCACGUCACUCUCAUCUCCGCUGCGUACAACCUAUCUAGGAUGCAGGCAAAGUUUAAGGUCACGUAGCAAUGCCCGUUAUUAGAACGCAGUUUAUAUUGUGCUCUGCGGGGUUUUGUGGGCAAAAUGCAUUUGACAUAUCUCGCGUGAUGCCCUUAUAAUCACGUGGGAGAUGACCAUCGGUAGACAUGAAUCCGUACAGCGAUGUUGAUAGCAU